GACAAAGUGGAGAUAAGACAGGGGCAUUGGUUUGAACCUCUGCAGGAUCUUCAUGGAAAACUAAGUGGAUUGGUUAGCAAUCCACCAUACAUACCAAGCAGUCAUAUUCCUGGCUUACAAGCUGAAGUUGGUAAACAUGAACCUAGUCUAGCACUGGAUGGAGGGAUGAAUGGCAUGGAUCAUCUUCUUCAUCUUUUUGAUGGGUUGAUCUCAGUUCUAAAACCCGGUGGCUUCUUUGCUUUUGAGACCAAUGGUGAUAAACAAUCUGAGUACAUUGUAGAUUUCAUAAGCUCACAGGGGAGCAAUACCUUCCAUGAUAUGAGAAUAGUGGCGGACUUUGCUGGAGUAAGACGAUUUGUGACGGGAUAUUGCCAAUAAGCUUCAGCUGUGAACUUGCAAGUCUUGACAAACCAUUUCUGGAAAUUGGAGGUCUUGCAGUCACCGCUGCAAAUUUAGAGAUGACUUUUCUCCGAAGUAUUCUACGUCAUUAACCCUGACAUUUUUUAGGUCUCUCAGGGAUCCAAUUUCUUUUCUAUCUUGGAUGAUUAGAUAACUAUGACGAACAAUUCAUCUAUCGCCAAGCCAGGCAUGGUUCUGAAUCAUCUUACUGUUGACGAGUUGCAGGGUGCAUCCAGUGAAGCUGUAAAAUUUACAUGGUAAUUUUCAUAGAGUUCAGAAAAUUGAUACGAUCAGAGAUGGAGCUGGCAAAUUACUACCCAGUCAUGCAUUUUUUUUGCUAUUCCAAUUGUAGAUACUAUUGGUUUAAGAUGGAAUUAUGAGAAGUUUUUGUCUUCAUUGCUCAAAAAGCACAAAGAGAGACUAAACUUUGCAUUCUAGAUGAAGUUGAACAUACUCCCAAGAGUGAAGAGACAUUGAAGGUUGUGAUACAAUUAUCCAAAUUUGGAUUCCAAAGAAGAAAAGAUACUCCUUAGAGGAAAAGUCCUUUUUCCAUUUGGAAGCUCAAAUUUGGAUCAUUUCAAUACCCAAAGGGGAAAAGAAUAACCUCCCCCUCGAGGGAAGAGUUUUCUUUUUCAUUUAGGUAUCCAGGUACGAUGAAUCCGAGACUGAGGAGCUGAAGACAAAGAGUAUCUUACUCGAAGUCUACUUUCAUCCGUCUUAGGAUUACAAAGUGGCUCUGAAUGUUGUUACUGCAUAUUGCUAAUGGACACUACAAUUACAACGUGGCUCUGAACUCUAAAGCAUACACCAGGUGGAUUCUAAAUUCAAACGUGAUCCUAUUUUUUUUGCCCGAUGGUUCUACAAUACCCAACUUUCUCUUGUUGAUGUAUGUCUGGUCUGAUAUGAUACUUGAACAAAAUCCAACUAGUUGCUUUUCCAGAUAAUUGUUAUAUCAUAUUGCUAGAUUUACAUGAAAACCUGUGCGAAUGGCUACUAUCAUGAGAUUGUUGACAAUACUGGACUUUGAACUCUCAAUUUCUUGUUUGCUAGCUUAAUGCUUUGUUACUGGGCUGAAUGAAGUUUGAUCUGUUUAUUUUA